AUGGAUAGACGAAGAGGCAGUUUAGUGCCAAGUAUUCAUAAAGCAGUUGAAGAAAGUUUGAGAGCGAAUAGUGUUACGAUCGAAGAAAAUCAUGAUCAUGAUCACAAACAUCAACACAAAGAAAAUGAGAAUAAUCGAAAGAAGCGGAAGAAGAAAAUGCGAUCAGAUAGUAGUAGUGAUGGAGCAGCUACGUUGACAACAGCUCCAAGACAUGUUCAAAAAUUCGAUUGGAAAGAUAUGUUACAUCUUGCUGAUAUAAAUGCAAGAAAACGUGGAAAUUCGACAUCGAGUCAUUCUGGACACGUAACAAGAAUGGGAUCAAUGAAAGGGAAGAAUUGGAUUGAAACACAUCUGAAGAUUAGACAAUGCUCAUAUUUUGUGCCUUCUCAAAGAUUUUCGGAUCGAUGUGGAUGUGGAAAAGAAAAAUCGAGACAUUCGGAUGAAGUGUUGGCAAGAUCGAUUUCGAGGCCGAAUCAUUUGACAUUGCCUGGGAUUGCUGAAGUUGAUACUUCGACAGAUGGAGAUGGAGAUCAUAGUGAUCAUCAGGUUGGAUAGAAUUUAGGUUUAUUAAUACCACAAUUAAAAUUUUUUGGUACGAAUUUCAAAAUAAGUUAUAAGUUUUUUUUGCGGAUUAAAUUUUUAUGAUUCCCAGUGAGUUCAAAGGGUUCACAGUUUUCGAUUAAAAACGGAUUUUCAAAAUUUAAUUCAGACAUCCAGUUCCAUACAUCAAUUUCUGAAAUUGUAAUAUAAUUUGUAUUUUAUUACAAUUCCUAUUUAAUUUCUAAUAAAUUAACAAUUUUCUAGUCUUGUUAUUUGAGACUUUUUUCGGUUAAUCAAAAAUUAUCUUGAUAACAAAAAAAAAUAGGAAAAUUAAUAUCAACGUUCUAUUUUUGCACAAAAUUGAACAACUCUAAAAAUAAUUCCACUUCAAUGUUUCCCCAAUAAUUUAAACGUCACACCCUCCUGAUAAAAAACAGAAAUUCCACAUUUUUCCUGAUACAAGAAAUAAAAAACUUUUUUCCGAACUCCUGAUAACGAAACAACUUUUUUUGUUUGCAGAUCUCUUGUGCCCCGGGUCGUUGGUCAAUCAAAGAUCACACAGAAUUACAACCGACUGAUACUUAUGGUAACUUGAUUUUCGAGGGAACAACACAUCAUGUGCAAUAUGCGAGAGUUAGUUUUGAUACGGAGCCGAAAGAUAUUGUGCAUUUGAUGAUGAAAGUUUGGAAGUUAAGACCGCCAAAAUUGAUUAUUACGAUUAAUGGAGGAUUGACUAAGUUUGAGUAAGUUUUUGGAUAAAAAAAAAUGACCAAAACUUGAACUUGGAAACCUUUUUGUUUUUCGAAAAUAAUCGUUUUCCAGCCUUCAACCAAAACUUGCUCGAACUUUUCGAAAAGGCAUCAUGAAAAUUGCAAAAUCUACCGAUGCCUGGAUUAUAACAUCAGGUCUUGAUGAAGGUGUUGUCAAACAUCUCGCAUCAGCCCUUCAAGAUCACAACAGUUCCCAUCACACAAAAAACCACGUGGUUGCAAUUGGAAUCUCUUCUUGGGGAAUGUUGAAACAAAAAAAUCGAUUUGUUGGAAAAGAUCAUAGUUUAACAUAUUCGCCGAAUAUUUAUAACAAUUCGAGAUUGAAAGAAUUGAAUGAUAAACAUUCGUAUUUUUUGUUUGCGGAUAAUGGAACAAUCAAUCGAUAUGGUGCAGAGAUCAUUUUGAGAAAACGGUUAGAAACACAUCUGGCACAAGGAGAUCGGAAAAGAGGAGCAAUUCCGUUGAUUUGUGUUGUAUUGGAAGGUGGAGCUUUUACGAUUAAGAUGGUACACGAUUAUGUUAUGACGUUAGUUUUUGGAAAUUAAACAUUUUACUGAUCGUAAUUUUUAUUUCCAAUCUGAUUGUUUUUUCUAGAAUUCCCCGAAUCCCUGUGAUUGUUUGUGAUGGAAGUGGUCGAGCUGCAGAUAUUCUCGCAUUCGCUCACCAAACAGUCAGUCAAUCCGGCUACCUUUCGGAUAAUGUUCGAAAUCAACUCAUAAAUGUGAUUCGUAAAAUCUUCGGCUAUGACAGUAAAACUGCUCAAAAGCUUCUGAAACAAGUAAUUGAUUGCACUUCAAAUAAAUCACUUAUGACAAUUUUCCGACUCGGCGAAUCGCAACGAGAAGAUCUGGAUCAUGCAAUAAUGAGUUGUUUGUUGCGUGGACAGAAUUUAUCGCCACCCGAACAAUUGCAACUCGCUUUGGCUUGGAAUCGCGCGGAUAUUGCGAGAACUGAAAUAUUCGCGAAUGGAACUGAAUGGACAACACAAGAUCUACACAAUGCGAUGAUUGAAGCUUUAUCGAACGAUCGAUUCGAUUUUGUUCAACUUCUUCUGGAAAAUGGUGUAUCAAUGCAGAAGUUCUUGACAUAUGGAAGAUUAGAAUAUUUAUAUAAUAGUGAUAAAGGACCACAAAACACAUUGAGAACGAAUUUGUUGGUUGAUAGUAAACAUCACGUUAGAUUGGGUGAAGUUGGAAGAUUGAUGGAACAUUUAAUGGGAAACUUAUUCAAGUCGAAUUAUACCAAGGAAGAAUUCAAGAAUCAAUAUUAUUUGUUCAGUAACAGGCGACAUGUAAGUUGGAAUACCUAGAUUAAAGAGAAGUUCCGAAAACUUUUUAGUUUGGUAAUCGCGUCAAAACUGACAAUGGUCGUAACGAAGUUGUCGGACCAGCUGGUGGUGAGGGUCGUGAACGAAUGAGCUCGAUGCAAGUAAACCUUCUCAACAAUGCUCGUAACUCAAUUAUCUCGCUCUUCGGUGGUGUAAAAAAGCACGACUCAGAUGAUGAAGAUUUCUCAAAUCUUGAAGAAGAAGAUAGUAUUGAUUUCACAUUUCGAUAUCCUUACAGUGAAUUGAUGAUUUGGGCAGUGUUAACAAAACGACAAAAAAUGGCGAAACUUCUGUGGAAACAUGGAGAAGAAGGAAUGGCAAAAGCAUUGGUGGCCAGUAGAUUGUAUAUGAGUUUGGCGAAAACAGCAUCGCUGACAACUGGAGAAAUUGGAAUGAGUCAGGAUUUUACGCAAUAUAGCGAGUGAGUUAUUGAACUCUGAAAUAACACCAAAUGUAAAAUUCUUUCAGUGAAUUCUCUGAGUUGGCUGUUGAAGUUCUUGAAUAUUGCACAAAACAUAGUCGGGAAAUGACUCUUCAACUUCUCACGUGCGAAUUGACUAACUGGGGAGGCGAGACUUGUCUGUCGCUUGCUGCCAACAAUGGACAUCGUCAAUUCCUAGCCCAUCCUUGUUGUCAAAUGCUUCUUUCUGAUCUUUGGCAAGGUGGACUUUCAAUGAAAAGCAAUCAAAAUGCAAAAGUGUUGACUUGCCUAACCUUCCCACCAUUAAUAUUUCUCUUGGGUUUCAAAACCAAAGAGCAACUUAUGCUCCAGCCAAAAACUGCACUGGAAAGAGAGGAAGAAGCGGAUUCAGAUGUUUCUUCGAUUGAUGGAGAUUCUGAUGAUUCGACAACUUCUUCAUCAGAUGAGGAAGAAACAAAAAAGCGAGGGCAAAGUAUUUCCGACCAACCUUUGAGUAUUCAAAAGCUAGUUCGGGAUAAACUAAACUUCAGUGAAAAGAAAAAACAUAACGAAUUUGGGCUAAGUCGGAUAGUUGUUGCUCCACCAAUUGUAGAAGGAAGAAGUCGAGCAAGAACUAUGUCAAUCAAAAAAUCGAAAAAGAAAAUAGUCGCACCGCCAUGUUUGAAAAUUGAAAAUUCUGAAGAUGAUGAUGAAGAAGAGCAGAAAAAUGCCGCUGCUAAAUGUAAGUCCAAUAAUUUCAGACAACUAACUUCGCAGCUUAACUAAGAUCUCAAUCGAACUGCAAAACGAGGAUCAAUGGCUGUGCAAAUUGUGCAAGAUGAUAUGUAUGUUGAUCCAAGUGAAGAAUUCGAACACAAGAAAAUGACUGAAGAUUUCGAUAGUUCAAGACAGGAGACAAUUCAAGUUCUAACUCAAAGACCUUUAUCAUGGCAACGAAAAAUAUCGGAAUUUUAUCGAGCACCAAUCACAACUUAUUGGUUAUGGUUUUUCGCUUUUAUUGUUUUUCUAGUUUUAUUAGCGUAUAAUAUUUUAGUGAAAACACAGAGGUAAAUUUUUCUGGAGAAUUUCAAGCAAACAAGUAUUUUUUUUAGAAUAGCAAGUUGGUCGGAAUGGUAUGUGUUCGCUUAUUGUUUAGUUUGGUGUAUUGAAAUAUGUCGGAAAGUGGUGUCAAUGGUAAUGAUGGAUACAAGUAAACCUGUUCUGAAACAGCUUAAAGUUUACUUUUUCCAAUAUCGGAAUGGAACCCUGGCUUUUGGAUUAGUCACUUUUCUAAUAGCAUAUUUCAUUCGACUCAGUCCACAAACUCGAACACUCGGAAGAAUUCUAAUUAUUUGUAACUCGGUUAUUUGGUCUUUGAAGUUGGUUGACUAUUUUAGUGUUCAACCAACUCUUGGUCCUUAUAUUUCGAUGGUUGCUGAAAUGAUUCCAUCAAUGAUUCCCCUUUGUGUUUUGGUCUUCAUAACUCUUUUCGCUUUCGGAUUACUUCGUCAAGGUAUUACUUAUCCGUACGAAGAUUGGCAUUGGAUAUUGGUGCGUAAUAUUUUCUUGCAACCAUAUUUUAUGCUUUACGGAGAAGUUUAUGCAGCUCAAAUUGAUACAUGCGGAGAUGAAAGUGAGUGAAAAGGGGAAUAUAUAUCCCACUAGUGAAGAGUUUAUGUCAAAUUCAAAAUAUUUCAGUCUGGGAUACUCAUGAGGAUGAAAACAUUCCAAUCAGUAUGCUCAAUGUCACACGUAAGUUCAACCAAUCCCUAUGAAUCUUAUAUAUUUCUACUUUUAGAUGAAACUUGUGUACCCGGUUACUGGAUAGCGCCAGUUGGUCUAACUGUUUUUAUGCUUGCCACUAAUGUUCUUCUUAUGAAUGUGAUGGUUGCUAGUUGCACCUAUAUUUUUGAAAAACACAUCAAUAACACCAGAGAGAUUUUCUUGUUUGAUCGUUAUCGUCAAGUAAUUGAAUACGAUUCAACACCAUGGAUUCCACCACCAUUCACCAUUAUUUAUCAUAUUAUGUGGGUUUUCAAAUUGAUCAAAAAUAGCACGAGGAUUUUUGAGAAGAAGAAUUUGUUUGAUGCGUCGCUCAGUGAGUAAACUCCACAUUUCCAACAAAAAAAUUAAAUUUCAGAACUUUUCCUGACACCGGAUGAAAUGGAAAGAGUUCAUGCUUUCGAAGAGGAAAGUGUCGAAGAUAUGAAACGAGAAAGAGAACAGAAAAAUAUGCGAUCUAAUGAAGAACGGAUAUAUCGAACAGCCGAGAGGACUGAUAUAAUUCUAAAUCGUGUUUCGAAUCUGACCACAAUGGAAGUCACUUUGAAAGAUGAGAUCAGAGAGCUAGAACAUCGGUUGAAAACAAUGGAAAAGGGUCAUAAAGAUCAAGUUUCUAUACUUCUCGAUAUGAAUCACAAAUUGACUCAAAUUAUUGGUGGAGGAGGAAUCACAUUAGGCGGAGGAACUGGAGGUGGAUCCGAUGGAGGAAAUCAACAUACUGAAACGAUACCCUCGAUUAGUAUAAAUCUUGAAGAAGACACUCAAGAAGUUCCAGAUAUCCCUAUGAUUACAAUCGACGGACCAAGUCCAGCCGGAUCAAGAAGAACAUCAGGACAAUAUAUCAAACGGGAUUCGUUGCAAAAUCAACAAUCGAAAAAACCAGCGAAACCACCUAGAUUAAUGUUGGAUGAUAGUAAGUUGAUGAUCGUAAAAAAUUUAUUAAAUGUUUCAGUCUGAUGCUGAAACGUACAGUAGUGCUUGGAAUAUCACAUGUUCCUAUAUAAUUUUUGUUGUCAAAAAGUUUUGAUCAUGAAAAUGUCUAGGUGAACAACGUUAUCUUCGUUUACUGUAGCAUAAACUGAUAUAAUUUUCAAAAAACUGCCACGUAAAUGAGGAAUAUGUUAGAACACUUGUAAAUGUUUUUCAAUAUAAAGAUAAACCAAACUUGAAAUUUAAAAAAAAGUUCAACAUUUUUUGAAACUCAUAAUUAACAGAUAAGACUAUUUUUUCACGUCAUUAUUUACUGUUUCAUAUUUAAAUGUCCCGGUUUCCUAUUUCGCAAUUUUUUCCUCACAAUAUGACAAUUUUCAGAUGAUGAUUCGGACAAUGAUGAAAUAACAAUAAAAAUUCCUCAAAUCCGAACUCGUCAAAUCACAGAAACAGUGAGUGAUGUUUCAUUAUCGGAUGAUGACUUAGCCAAUCACGAAGUUCUCCAAAAUCAAUCAAAUCAAGUAACAACUUCCCGUGCUCCCCGUCGCCAUGCUCUUUAUUCAACAGUUGCCGACGACAUCGAAACCGAUGAUUUUUAUGCAGACAGUCCUACUCCAAUUCCAGUUACUCCAAUUCAACCCGACGAUGGCUCGUUUUUUGGAGAGAAUGAUAAUGUGUCUGAUUAUGAGUGA